UCUCUUUUGAAUAAAACAAAUAUCUUCUUAAACCCUAAAUCUCUUAUUCGUCUCUCCUCCUUCAUCAUCUCUGAGACCUCCCAUCUCGAAUCAUCACAUCAUAAGGUAGACUUGUUAAUUGAUUGAAAUGGGCACUUUGAAAAGAAAACAUUCAAAGCAACACAAGGAAGAAGUUGAGGAAAUGGGCACCUUGAGUGAAGUAUCUGAGCCUGAGCAAUCUGAUCCAGAAUCUGAAUCAGAAUCAGAAGAUGAGGAGGGAGCUAUAAAAUUAGCCGUACCUUCAAAAACUUAUAUAUUCAACAGAGAAGGUUUGCAAGAGCAACUUGAGGAUAUAAGCUGGCCGGAAAACGUAGAUUGGAUCCAUAAGCUUACAGUUGAUAUCGAUCAAGAUGAGGGGGUGGAUGUUAAUGAUGAUUUAGCACGUGAAUUAUCUUUCUACAACCAGGCGUUGGAGGGAACAAGACAAGCCUUUGAGAAGCUUCAAAAGAGAAAUCUUCCAUUCCUCAGGCCUGCUGAUUAUUAUGCAGAGAUGGUCAAAACAGAUUCCCACAUGGUGAAGGUGAAGGGUCGGCUCUUGGAGGAGAAGAAACGGAUCGAGGAAGCUGAUGAGAGAAGAAAAGCAAGAGAUGCUAAGAAAAUGUCGAAAGAAGUACAGGCAGAAAAGCUUAAAGAGAGAGCCAAGCAAAAGAAGGAUGAUUUUGAAAAUGUUAAGAAGUGGCGAAAACAAAGGCAGCAAAGUGGAUUUGAGAAAGGAGGCGAUGAUGAAGAUAUGGGUCUUUCAUUUGAAGAUGGGAAAACAUUUGACAGAAAUAAAAAGAAGAGACCUGGGGUUCGUCCAGGAGAUAGGUCAGGUGGGUUGGGAAACAAAGGCAACUUUAAGGGAAAGAAGGGUGGCGAUAAUAAAAAGAAAAGCAGCAAGGAGCGCAGGGAUUCAAAGUUUGGGUUUGGAGGGAAGAAAGGGAUGAAGAAACAAAAUACUGCUGAUUCUACAAAUGAUUUUGGUGGAUUCAAUAAAGGUGAUUCUUCAGGAAACAAGAGGAGGAGGAAGUUUUAAGUGAGCGUUGUUCUUUCCAAUGCUAUCCUGCAGCAGUUGAUUCUGGCUUACGCUGCAGAACUGGUGCACUGGAAAAUCUGGACGGCAGGCUUCUGCUGUGAAACUUUAUUUAUUCUCUAUCCAUGUUGCAGUUCUGUUUAAUCCAAUUUUUAAGCAUAGCAUCAGCAAGCUUAAGUAGUUCUUGAACAUUCUUCUGUGUGUACAAUUUUUACUUCUUAGUUUGAGAUUAUAUUUUUUUGAUUGCUGAACAUGUAUAUGCUGUUUCACUUGGAAGCAAUAUUAGUGUUUAUGGAUGGGA